AUGGCCCAACAACCGCCCACCGAGAUGCGCCGCUGGCAAAUUCCCGCCCCAGGCUCCUUCAUCAAGGACCUCACUCUCACAACCGUCCCGACCCCCUCCGCCACCACCCUCACGCCAACCCAGGUCCUCGUCCAAGUCGUCGCCGCGGGCAUCAACCCAGCAGACUACAAGCUUCCGGACCUCGGCCUCGUCGCAAAAGCAAUGGUCUCCUUCCCCCGCUGCCCCGGCAUGGACUUCUCCGGCCGCGCCGUCGCCGUCGGCUCCGAAAUCACAGACAUUGCCCCCGGCGACCUCGUCGUCGGCCGCGUCAACCCCCUCGGCACCCAUGGCUCGCUGAGUGAGUACCUCGUCGCCGACCGCGACGGCAUCGCCGCCUUUCCCCACGACCCCGCGGCGGCGGCAGCAGCAGCAGAGAGCCUGGAACAGGCCGGCGCCGUGGGCACCGCUGCCCUGACGGCCUACCAGACCAUUGCGCCCUACGUAAAGGCCGGCGAUCACGUCUUUAUCAACGGCGGCUCCGGCGGCACGGGCACCUUUGGCAUCCAAAUCGCCAAAGCCCUCGGCUGCGCCGUGACCGUCUCCUGCUCCACCGCCAAGGAAGCCCUCUGCAAAUCCCUCGGCGCCGACGAAAUCAUUGACUACAAGACGUCCGACGUCGUCUCGGUGCUGCGCAGCAAGGGCAAAGUCUUUUCCGUGGUGGUGGACAAUGUCGGAAACUCGCCCCCGAACCUGUACAAGGCCUCUGACGACUUUUUGCUCGCGGGUGGGCACUUCAAGUUUGUCGGCGGCGCCGUGUCGCUUGCGCAGGUGAGCAGCCUGGUCCCGAGCCUGUUCCUCCCGGGCUUCCUCGGCGGCGCGAAGCACAAGUUUGAGACGUUCAUGACCAAGAACGUGCACGCGGAUCUGGCGCAGAUUGCGGCGUGGAUGGCGGAGGGCAAGGUGCGGACUGUGGUUGAUUCGACGUACGAGUUUGAGGAUGCUGUCAAGGCGUAUGAGAAGCUCAAGGAGGGGUCGGCGGCGGGCAAGAUUGUGGUGAGGGUUGCGAAGAAGGCCUGA